GUUUCUAAAUCGGCACUUUAACAGCGAAGCGAAUUAUCUUUUCUCUCUGUUUUUCGUCUAUUUGUCAAUGAAACAACGACCUUAAAUGUGAUUGUACGUAAAGAAAAGACGUCGACGCCGUUAUAGGAGAUGUUUUAAUUCACCUGGACGCACAAUAACAGAGCUGCGGAGCUUCAUUUGACUACAGAUCUCGAUCACAUCAGAUGUCAUUCUGUCUUUGACGAUGAAGACGGACAUCCCUUAUAACCAGCUGGAGGACGUGGAGAGGAGGAGACAAGAGUCCGACAGGAAAACACAGCUGUAUUCCAGAUGUGCGGUUGCUCUGGCCACUGUGGCCACUCUGCUGCUGGCCGCCACGGCCCUCUACAACCUCCUGACCCCGAGGGCCUCCUCCUCCUCCCAUCCUCCUCCCUGCAGCAGCUUCCCUCUGCCCCAGCCCAAGUCCUGCUCAGAGCCCUGCAAGAUCGUUCUGGUGGAGAGCAUCCCUGAAGGUCUGGACUUUAACUCCAGCACCUCUCACCCCUCCAUCUACCAGGCUUGGCUCAACCUGAUGGACGAAGCUCGCAGCAGCGUCGACAUCGCCUCCUUCUACUGGACGCUCAAUAACACAGACACCGGCACUCAGGAGCCCACAGCCUAUCAGGGUGAGACUGUUCUGAAGAAACUGGCUGAAAUUUCUGGGAAGUUGUCUGUUCGUAUCACGGUGAACACGCCACAGGGAAGCCAACCGCAGGGAGACCUCCGACUGCUCAACGACUCAGGAGCUGAUAUCAGGACAGUUAACAUGAGAGAGCUCACCUCAGGCGUCCUUCACACAAAGUUCUGGGUUGUGGACAAGAAACACAUUUACAUCGGCAGCGCCAACAUGGACUGGAGGUCCCUCACACAGGUGAAGGAGCUGGGCGCAGUGGUUUACAACUGCAGCUGCUUGGCCGCGGACCUGGGUAAGAUCUUUGAAGCCUAUUGGUUCCUGGGGGAGAGUAAGUCAAUCCCAUCACCUUGGCCCACCAGCUUCUCCACCCUCUACAACAAGGACACGCCCCUCCAGCUGCCACUCAACAACACACCGUCCAAAGUCUACCUGUCGAGUUCCCCUCCGUCCUUCUGUGCAGCCGGCAGGACUUCAGACCUUCAGUCCAUCCUCAGUGUGAUGGAGGACGCCCAGAGCUUCAUCUACAUCGCUGUCAUGAACUACCUGCCCACCAUGGAGUUUUCACACCCUAAAAGGUACUGGGCAGACAUCGACACCCAGUUGAGGCGAGUGGGCUACGAGAAACGGGUCAAAGUGCGCAUGCUUAUCAGCUGCUGGGCCAGCACCCAGCCCAUCAUGUUUCCCUUUCUCAAGUCUCUGGCUUCAGUUUAUGACCCCAAGAGCAAACUGGACAUCCAGGUGAGACUGUUUGUGGUGCCUGCCAGCCCCAAGCAGAAGGAGAUUCCCUUCGCCAGAGUCAACCACAACAAGUACAUGGUGACUGACAAGAUCGCCUACAUAGGUACUUCUAACUGGUCAGGUGACUACUUUGUGAGCACAGCUGGCUCAGCGCUGGUUGUCAACCAGACCGCAUCACCGUCCCAGGAGACAACCGUCCAAUCACAGCUGAAGGCUGUGUUUGAGAGAGACUGGAACUCCGACUACAGCACUCCUCUCACCCAGGACUCAAACCUCAGAGACUUCUGUUAGAUUCAGCAGCAAAUAUUACAAAUACCGGAUCAGUGUGGAAACUUCUGCUCGACAAACGUGUGCUAGAGCUGCUCAUUUGUUUUAGUAUUUACGAUUGUGUGCAUUUUGCACAAGCCAAGUGAAACAAUUGAAACUCUUGAACUGAACAAUCACCAACAGAGUUUCCUUGUUUGCUGAGGUCCAAAGAAACACAGUUGACUUCCAGUAAAUCUGGCUGAUCACAGCUUUUGUGCCUUUUUGAUCAGAGAAAUGUGCUAUCAAACCAGUAAACUGCCCAGUUCUGCCAGUCUUACGCUGUCAACAUAUGUCAAAGGGUGCAUUUUUUUAUCAAGAGGCAAGAAUUACUUUGCCCCUUUUUGCUGUUUUUAUCAAAGUUGGCCCAGGAUUCAAGCUACGUAGCAUGUGUGGGUGAUAGCUUCGACAUGUUUUUAGCAUUGAUAAAGCACCAACAGUUGCAGUUGUUUCACUCACAAACCUCCAACAGACUUACGUAGGAUUACCUUGAAUUAAUUAAACGUGGUUUUCAUCAGCUUUUCAGUCAGAUCUGUCUCUAAAUGAGGCUCAGUCAAGUUUUCACGUGGCUCCCAAAGUCACCAUGUUGAGUCAUCUAUUCAUUGGUCAAAAAAAAUCUACCACAAUGCAUUCAUUUUACACAACAUCAGCCUCAGUGGGAACUUUUUUUUAUUAUCCCAGCUCAUCUCAGGGAGUGAACUUUGAGUCUUUUUUUUUUUUUUUUUUUUGCAGUAAUUUGGAAUAAUUCAUGUUCAAGCUGGUGUGCUGUGUGUACUGUAAAUAAGAUGCAGGGUUUUUAAACCUUCUGGACUGUUUUUAAAAUACAUGAAUUUAACACUAAAGUCAGCAGUGCAUACAAUAGAUUGGAAGUUUGUACACUGCAAAAAAAAGUGUGUCUAAAAACCAGAUAAAAACACUAAAUCUGAGGGAAAUGAUCUUGCUGCAUGGACAGAUAAUUUAUAUAAGCAUAAUUAUUAAUAUUAAAAUAAGCAUGUUGAACACUUAAAAUAAGAAAUUAACUCUUAAAACAAGAUAAAUUAUCUAACACUUCUAAAUCUAAAGUUUUUUUAUCUUGGUAAGAAAUAAAUAAUUGUCAGUGCACUCUGCUCUGCUUGUAGCUUUAAUUUAUCUUGUUUUAAGAGUUCAUUUCUUAAUUUAAGUGUUCAACAUGCUUCUAAAUUUAAUAAUCUUAAUUUAAGAAAUCUUGUCAAGUGAAAUUAUCUGUCCAUGCAGCAAGAUAAUUUCCCUCAGAUUUUGUGUUUUUAUCUUGUUUUUAGACACACCUUUUUGCAGUGCAGCAGAAGAAAAUGAGGACGAACUAAUUUAAUUUCCACUGUGUGGAUUGACUGAAACUACUGAUUAGUGAAGAGGUGAUUUUUAUGGCCAGUUUUUACUGUCCAGAGAAGCGUGUAAACUAGUGACAGCAUGACAAAGCUCUGUCCUCAUCUCCCUCCUCUUUAUAACAAAAUUAUUCUCAAUAAAUGUAUUCAUAUCAAAUCUG